GCUGGUGGCAUGCACAAGUCCUGUCCCAAAGCGUGGGGAGGCUUCAUCAAGCACAACGCCUUGCAUCGGCAAUGGCAACGCGCCGUGAGCUGCCUCCGCGGAAUGCACCUGCAGGGCUUGGAGCCCAACACUGUCGCCUGGAACCUGGCAGCUGCAGCCUCCGGGCGAUGCCAGGAAUGGCAGAUCACUCUCAGGUUGUUAAGGAGUGCAAACGCGGCGGAUGAGAUCACGUACAACACGGCCGCCAAGACAUCUUGUGACGCCGCAGUGUGGGCAAUUGGAUGCCGAUGUAUAGACAUCGCGUCAGAUAAACGGCUAGAGCCGGACACGGUCUCCCACAACAUUCUGCUCAAUGGCAGCGGCAAAGCUGGCAGCUGGAGGAUAUGUUUGCAUGAAUUCGCGACCCGAAAAAUUGACCGUGAUGCAACUGCAAGCACGUCGGCUUUGAGCGCCUUGCGCUCUGAGCUGUUGUGGCAAGCAGGCAUGCAGCUUCUUUCAGAAUUCUUCCGUCAAGCCCUGCAGGCUGACAUUGCACUUCUUGGGACUGGAAUUGGUGCUGGUGCUGUGGGUGACAGAUGGCACUGCUCGUUGAAUUUAUUUUCUCGACUCCAAUCGAUCAGCCUGCGUCUGGACAGCGUCUGCUUGGGAGCGUGUGCGAAUGGCUUUGUGCAGCAUGCGAACUGGCGCCAG